CGGGGCCUUCCCGGCGGCGCGACUUCGGCGGGCAGGGGCUGGCUGCAGCUCCGGCUUCGCUCGCGGCGUGCUGCGCUCCGGCCCAUGGUCUCUCCCUCCCUGGAACACGUGGGGUGCUCCCGUUCCCUCGGGAGGUGCUCCCUCGCUUGGGGACUCGCGACCCAGAGCACUGGCGGUCUCGUCUGUGUUUGGUCAGCCGCGGGGCACCCGCGGCCGCGCCUGGCCCACCUGCCGGGUCCUUCGUGGGCGCUCCGCAGCGGGUCACCCUGGGCCAGGGCGGCUUGGUGGAUGGAUGGGUGAGGCCUGGCUGUCCCCUGAGCCCGGAAAGACAAGGUGCAAGGUGCCCGCUGGGUCACACUUGGGCACUAAGCGAGAGUUGGUCCCAUUUCUGUGCUCGGCUGGGAGAGGGGAGCUGUGUGCACGGUUGGGGGGAAGUGCCACCGGAGGCUGCUGCAGGGCCUGCCUCUGCCCACCAAGGGUGCCCGGGGUGGCCACUGACACCCCGCUUCGCUGUGGGCCUGACCCUCAGACACCAAGGACUCCACUGUGGACGCCCAUGGAACUUCCGGGGCCUCUCCCAACCAUCAGGAGCCGCCCUCCUUGCCUUGGACCAAGCAGGUGGCCCAGUCUUUGUGCAGUCCUUGGGGCGUGCCACGCGCCCCGCUGAGCCUACCUGCUCCAGGGCGGUGGCAGCGCAGAGCACAGGCUGCUGUUGCCGUGGGCCGAGCCCUGGCUGGCUGCCUCUUGCCACAGCCCCACCCUCCAGCAGGCCCCUAACGGGGCUCCGAGCCUUGACCGGAGCCAUCGUUACAAAGGAUCUGCUCUGGGCCUGGCCUCUGUCUGGGCUUCAUAAACCCAGGACCACCCGUUGGGGUUGUGGCACAUUUCUGCACCUUUGCAAGAGUCUGAUCUGAUGCUCGGUUUCUCCCACCUCAGCCCGCUACAGCUGAGCCGCUGGACGGCGCCGGGACCGAGGCCACCACGCCUUUGCAGCACUUCCAAGCCCACCGGCACUCCAGUGUCCGCACAAACCGCGUCAGACGAGGGAGGUGAGAGGGCUUUCAGGGGACGGGAUCUCCGUCCCUUGAUCUGCAGGACGUAGUUCUUCCUGUGGAUCCCGCCGCCGGCCCAAGGACUGUGGGUCUACAGGAGGGACCUAUCAGGAGUGCCUGCGAGUCUCAGACACGAACUUCUUGGGCGGUCUGGUCUGGGUGUGGUGUGCCCUGGGACACAUGUCUGAGGCAGGGACAGGAGAGCCCCUGGAAGCCCAGCAAGGGACAGAGGUUGGCGCUCUGCCUGCGGACACCGCGUCUCUCAGCGACUCAGACUCUGAUGUCAGCCUGCCUGCUGGUGCUGAGAUGGAAGCUCUGUCCCCGGGGGUGCGACCUGCGGAGGCCCAGGGGGACUCAGACCCUGAUGAGGCCUCUUUGUCUGCGAGGGGCCUCCGCACGGCCGCAGUGCAGCCGUUCCAGCUGAGGGGCAUGAGCUCUACCUUCUCCUGGCGCAGCCGCAACAUCUUUGACUGCCUGGAGGGCACAAGCAGUCAGGUGCUGCCCUCCGUGGAGCAGACUGACGUGGGUGACGACGGGGACUUCCCACGGCCGCCGGCACCCGCAAGCCGACCUCCAGGAGAGGACCCGGGCAGGGCCAGUCAGAGCCCUGCUCCUCCGAAGUUGUCCCCCGUCCCUGACUAUGUGGCCCACCCUGAGCGCUGGACCAAGUACAGCCUGGAAAAUGUGGCGGAGGUCAGCGAGCAGAGCAACCGGGCUGCUGCUCUGGCCUUCCUGGGCUCCCCGAGCCUGGCUGCCCCCAGCGACCGUGUGUCCUCUUUCAACCAGGAUGCCUCCAGCUGCGGGGAGAGAAGAGUCAUCUUCACCAAACCCGCCCGAGCUGGCGAGGCCAGGCCUGAGAGGAAGAGGGCCCUGAAGAAGGCAGGAGGGCCUGGGAACCCGGGCGCCCCAGGGGGCGAGGGCUCCGUGGAGCUGGCCCACCUGGCUGGGCCUGGGAGCCCGGAGGCUGAGGACUGGAACAGCCCCCAUGGGGGCCUUCAGGAAGUGGACGCGCUGCAGGGGGCAGCCCACCCCAGUUCAGCGGCCGGGCCCCCCGUGGUGGAGACCGUUGGCUUCCAUGGCAGCAGGAAGCGGAACAGAGACCAUUUCCGGAACAAGCAGAGCAGCCCUGAGGCCGCAGGCGCCGAGAUCUGAGAAGAGACCGAAGGCAGCUAGGGCCACUGGCCGCUUGGGGUUGGGUGGGGCCUGGGGCUCCAGCCCCUCGGGAAGGGAGCCAGCGGGCCGCCAGGAGGCGGCGGCGACAUCCUGGGCUGGAGCUCCGGGUAGUGGUGUCUGAAGCAGUGCUUGCCGGUGGACGGCAGAAGCCCUGGCCCGCCGAGUCCCUGUGGGGCAGCAGUAAAGGUUUUGGACUUUC